AGCGCGGGCAGAGCCCGGCGCGGGCACGGCGCGCCUGCGGGAGCGCGCAGCUCGGCCGUGCCGGAGCCCGCCUGGACGGAGGGCGCGAAAACCCCGCCACAGAGCGCCGGGAGCCCGGCACGGGCCGCGCUGGUGCCGUGCGGCGCGGGUGUGAAGCGGCGCCGUGGCUGCGGGAAGGGGACCGGGCUCGGUGAAAGACGCGCCGAAGGCAGGAGGCUCGUGCCGUGCUCAGGGUUUGUUGCUGUGCGGAUUUAUUUGGGCUGCCCAGGGGGAGCGGUGCAGAAAGGCACCUGGCGGGGGACUGAGGCACGAUGUCCGUGUAUGUACUGAAAUGAGCACGUCGACCGCGGUGUCUGCUGGAGCAGUAACGUGUCACCGUACGUGUUAUAACCUCUGCUGGCCAUCGGCGUGAGGAGAUCUUUCUAAUUUCAGCCUUUUCUCUUGUUACUGUCUUUGUAGACUGGGCGCUUAUUGUUAGGGAAAGCAUGUGGAUGUGAGAGCUGCCCCAACAUGCAAGCAACCUGAAUGUUUUGUACGAAACAGGUUUGAGGUCUUCUUCUGUGACAGUGUGUAGGAGAGACCUGAAGAUCAUCUUGCACCUCAGCUUGACACAAACUGCAGACAGCAAAAUGACAGUCAGCCCCCCGGCGCCUCCCUCCGCCGCCCCCGGCUGUAUGGUACACGGAGCCAGGGCCCGUCUCCGCCGCUCCAGCGGGAGGAGCCGCGUCCUCAGCGCCACCGCUGCCGAGAGGUGAUUCAUGGCAGGGGACGUGGAAGGGUUUAGCUCCUCCAUCCAUGACACCAGUGUCUCUGCAGGAUUCAGAGCACUGUAUGAGGAGGGAUUGCUUCUUGAUGUCACACUUGUCAUUGAAGACCACCAAUUUCAGGCCCAUAAAGCACUGCUUGCCACCCAGAGUGAUUACUUCAGGAUUAUGUUCACAGCAGACAUGCGAGAACGAGAUCAGGACAAAAUCCAUUUGAAAGGUCUGACAGCUACAGGCUUCAGUCAUGUCCUCCAAUUCAUGUACUAUGGAACUAUUGAACUGAGUAUGAACACUGUUCAUGAAAUCCUUCAGGCUGCCAUGUAUGUCCAGCUUAUAGAGGUGGUAAAGUUUUGCUGCUCUUUUCUCUUAGCUAAAAUCUGCUUAGAAAACUGUGCAGAAAUUAUGAGACUUCUGGAUGAUUUUGGUGUAAACAUCGAAGGAGUCAGGGAAAAAUUGGAUUCCUUUCUGCUAGAGAAUUUUGUGCCACUCAUGUCCAGACCUGACUUUCUUUCAUAUCUGAGCUUUGAGAAGCUCAUGUCUUACUUGGAUAAUGAUCAUCUGAGCAGGUUUCCAGAGAUAGAGCUGUAUGAAGCUGUUCAGGCCUGGCUACGCCAUGAUAGAAGACGCUGGAGACAUACGGACACCAUCAUUCAGAACAUCAGGUUUUGUUUGAUGACACCAUCCAGUGUUUUUGAGAAGGUAAAAACAUCAGAGUUUUAUCGAUACUCCCGGCAACUGCGACAUGAGGUUGACCAAGCCAUGAAUUACUUUCAUAGCGUUCACCAACAGCCUUUGAUGGAAAUGAAAUCGAACAAAAUUCGUUCCGCCAAACCCCAGACUGCAGUAUUUAGAGGAAUGAUAGGACACAGUAUGGUAAACAGUAAAAUUCUUCUCUUGCACAAACCAAGGGUCUGGUGGGAACUAGAGGGUCCUCAAGUACCUUUACGACCAGACUGCCUUGCCAUUGUAAAUAACUUUGUGUUCUUAUUAGGUGGGGAAGAACUGGGGCCAGAUGGUGAGUUCCAUGCUUCAUCCAAAGUGUUUAGAUAUGACCCAAGACAGAACACUUGGUUACGAAUGGCAGACAUGUCUGUGCCACGUUCUGAGUUUGCUGUUGGAGUGAUUGGCAGGUAUGUUUAUGCAGUGGCUGGGAGAACCAGGGAUGAAACAUUUUACUCCACUGAACGCUAUGAUAUUACUGAAGAUAAAUGGGAAUUUGUGGAUCCCUAUCCAGUCAAUAAGUACGGACAUGAAGGGACUGUGCUUGGUAACAAGUUGUAUAUCACUGGUGGAAUUACAUCAUCUUCAACUUCUAAGCAAGUGUGUGUGUUUGAUCCCAGUAAAGAAGGGACAGUAGAGCAGCGAACACGGAGAACUCAAGUGGUCACUAACUGUUGGGAGAACAAAUGUAAAAUGAAUUAUGCGAGAUGCUUUCACAAAAUGAUUUCUUAUAAUGGUAAGCUUUAUGUCUUUGGUGGUGUCUGUGUGAUCCUGAGAGCUUCCUUUGAAUCUCAAGGAUGUCCAUCUACAGAGGUUUAUGACCCUGAUACCGAUCAAUGGACUAUAUUGGCUUCCAUGCCAAUAGGUAGGAGCGGUCAUGGUGUAGCUGUUCUGGACAAACAGAUAAUGGUUCUUGGAGGCCUUUGUUACAAUGGUCAUUACAGUGAUUCGAUUCUCACUUUUGAUCCAGAGGAAAACAAAUGGAAAGAAGAUGAAUAUCCAAGGAUGCCGUGCAAGCUGGAUGGCUUACAGGUCUGCAGCCUGCACUUCCCUGAGUAUGUUUUGGAGCAUGUUAGACGUUGCAGCUAAAAUGGAAUGAAAAACCCAAUCAAAUGCAAAAGAGCUAUACUAAUUUGUUGAAAAAAAAUUACAAACCAGUUGAAUUCCGGCAGAGACAUUUCCUUGUGUAUAAGAACAAUGGCUAAAUGCUCAAGAGAAACAGGAUGUACAGGGAGUGUACUUACCAAGUUUAUUAGAAAAGGUGAUAGUUGGUCUGACCUUGUGAAAGCUUUGUUGGUUUUUUUUUAACAAAUAUAAUUGUAAGAAUGAGAAAAAAAUAUAUUUUUGAGUCUGCUUUUUUUUUUGAUAACAUUUUAUGUCCACAAUGUGUUCUCUUUUUUUUAAUGGCCAUUAUACCACUAUGCUUUUGAAAUAAGUUGAGUUUGACAAAAUAUUUGUGAAAGGAAGAGAAGAAAGAUGUUACUUUCAUUUUUUAUUGAGCAUCAAAAUACCUGUACUUGGGUACAACCAGGUAUAAAGUAACAAACCAAACUAUUUCUGUAUCUUAUGUUGUCUUUUAGAUGCUUUUUCCAUUAACUGCAAAGUAUUCUCAAAUCUACUAGGUGUUUUUGUUUUCCCUUAUUUACGUUGGAGAAGAAUUUUAACCCUUUUGCAUGACCCUUUUCCUGGUUUUGUACAGUUGUACCAGUAAGUCUGCCAAAAUGCAAAUUACACAUUUUCUACUAAAUUGAAAACAAAGCAUUUUUAUAUUCAAAACACUAUUUCUAUGCUGCCUUCUAUUGUCUGUGUUGUGUUUGUUGGUGAGUAAAAAAAUGUAUAGACACAUGUGCAUACACUGUAAAAACUGUAUAUAAAUGCAUCUUUUUAUGUGCAGUUACAAUAUUAUAUUUUAACUAGUGCACAGAUUCAGCCAUAUCUGUUGAAUUUAGGGUAUUCUUUCAUGAGCUAAAUAGUUCAAAGUUCUUAAGUGAAACUGGAAGCCUCAUUUGGUAUCAAAGUAUCUUAUCUUUAGUAUAUACUGAUUGAUUCAGUAACCUUAAACUCUUUAUAUUGUUGCUACAUAAUGAACUGUUAGUUAUUUGUUAUUUUAUAAAUUAUUUCUUAAAAAGUAAACUCAUUUUACCUGAGUUUCUUUUUGGUUUCCAUGUGCUGCCCAGUUUUCUUUUUUCUUAAAAAUAGAAAAUGACAAUAAGCAAAUGCUCAGCACUGCUGUACCCCACAGUUAUUUUUGGAACUGGAUAUGCUACAAUUUAUUGUCAAUACUUUUCUUAUACUCACACUUCAAUAUGAGUACUCAUACUGAAGUGUGAGUAUAAGAAAAGUAUGAGUACUCAUAUUGAAGUGGUAUAAUAUUUUUAUUAUUAUUAUUUAAUUAUUAACUGUUAAGAACUACUGUGUUUUGAGAAUGUGGAGUUAGGUGAUUGGUUUGUUAGUAUAAUUUCUGUUUCUUUUAUAAAAACCUGCAGAACUAUGGCUACUGACCUUGGAGUGCCUGAAUAGAGAUGGCUGGUCCAAAAGGGUUUUGACUAUUCCGUUGUGUUAACUUGCAGGUAUAAAUUACAGUAGAUUGAUAAGAAUUAUCUGCCAAGGCAUAAAUAGUAACAGUAACUGCAUUUGGACUGUCUUUGUGGAUGUAAAUUAGCCACUUCUAGAGCCCAAAGGAGACAUCUGGGCAAGCUGAAGGCUCACAUGUAGUUCAGAUGCUGAAACGUGAGCUGCAUAUUUUGUAAAAUCUUAUGCUGCUGUUUCAUUUUAAGCAAUAGACUUUACUUUAUAUGCAGCAAUGCAAAACCACUUUAUUCAGCAUCUUCCAGUCAGAAUUCACUGUAGAAAAGGAAUGUACAGUACUCAGGGAGUUCAAAAGAAUGCACUUACAAAGGGACCAAAAUCACCCUAAAUUUUCUAUGUUAAAAAUAACACCUACUUGUGUAAAUGAAUUUCAAAUAAUAGAAGUUAAAACAAUGUGUAAAACUUCUCAUACUGUGUUCCGGUAUUUAUAACAUAAUUUGUAGGAAUUAUGUUCUGGGUUGAAAUGUCAGUUUUUGGAGCUAUAUGGCAAGUCAUCAGAUUUUUAGGAUUUGUUUAUUGUUAGAAAUUAUUUAUUAAUCGAGUAUUUUCAUAUGUUUUAAAACGAAGAGGGAAUGCUUGCCAUCAUAGCUGUAGUGAUAAGUUAUUUGCACCAGAAGGGACUGGACCAAAUAUUGAUAUUCAGCCUUCUGAUGCAGACUAGUUUGCAGCUAAAUUUGUCUUUUUUAAUAAGAAUUCAGUUUACUGAAUUAGAAAUCUAAUUUACUUUCUUGAUAGCCUAACUUAAAGAAAAUGUGGCUUACACUAAAACCUCAGUUUCACUGUGAGACGUGUACAUCACCCUACAUGGGAAGAGAUAAACUGACUCUGGUAGGUGCUGGCUGUGUGCUGACUGUACAUAGUUCAUGGAAUAUUGGGGCACAAGAGAAAAAAAAAACAAGUUGGGGGAUUUUUGUUUGUUUGUUGGGAUUGGUUUUUUUGUUGGUAUGUUUGGUGGUUUUGUUGUUAUAUUUUUUGUCACCAGCUCAUUUCUUAAUGGGGCAGCAAGCUAAUCCUGUGUGAGGCGGAUGUCAAGGGCAUGUUACAUAGAGUACUUCACUUUGUGGGGCCAGAGCCAGUGUGAGGAGCAGCCCUGGAUCUGGAUAUCUGGUGUUCAGGAGUCAGAUGUCUUGGAGACAUGGCCAAGACUUUAUUAAAAGUAGUGGUAAGGAUAUGAGUGUCUCAAGUUACAUUUUUGAGUCUGCAUUUAAGUGCUUUCUGAAGUUCUGUGCACUCAGCAGCUGCCACUGAAGUCAUUGCUGAGUGCUGACGCUUGAAAAAUGAAGAACCAGAAUGGUUUUGGUGCUCUGCUUUUAAGCUCAUGUUUAUCUUCCGGAGCCCAGUUCUGAAAGAUCUUGUUCAGGAUUGUAGUAGUAAUUGUUCUCUGAAAUUAUAAUUGAACUGUUAGUUUCAGCUUCCCUGAAGCUAUGUCUCCACUGAGAGGCCGGCUGUAGCCUUUCCAGCAUUAGGGAUGGUUGGAAUUUGCUUGGGAUUAGAAUGGAGGGGAUAUGUGAGAAUGUUUUGUCAAUUUACAUAUCUACCAUGCUUUCAUUGUUUGACACCUGAAAUAUGAAAAUUAGCUUCUCUUCUCCUUUGUAUAAGUAUAAUGGAACUUUUGAGACAGUUACUUUGGCUACUUGGAGGGAUUUUUUAAUUGAUUUUUUUUUUUUUUUAUGUUUGCUCUUAGUAUUUAGCUCCAGAUAAUUUAGUACCUUAAUGGGAACAAACCUAAGAUGGCUAAUAAGAAUUGCCUAUCACUAUCAAAUUUUGAGCAUUAUGGUCAGAUUAAGAUGGGUUUUAAAAAACAUUUAAAUGCCUCUCAUUUGUCAAGGAAUAGCUAAGUUCUGAUCUUUGGUUAUUAGAUUUGAGGAGGUUCUCCUAUUCCCAUCCCAUGAUGGAAUACCAGCAAAUCUAAGGUCACCCACAUAUGAUUUGCUUUGAAAAGCAAAUGUACUUGCCUUUUUUUAGAAAGGUGGACAUCGUGAGUUGCAGUUUAGGGGUUUUUUUUCCACAUCUAUAGAAAAAAUGUAUCAGCGUCAUGUCUCAAUUUAGCAACCAACUUCAGGAAGAAAUUUUCUUUUCAGACGAGACAAUGGACAAAAAGCACAGUGUUCCUGUAAAGGGACUGGAUACUGCCAGUUCCCAUUUCAUAUGCUCUUAGGUCUGUUUUUAGGGGGCAGAUUUUUUUUGUAAGUGCUGCAUAAGGAAAAAAUAGCUCACUUUCUGCCACAAAGUGUUGGUAGUUUCAUUGUGGGAGGCAAUGGAAUCUCCAAUCAGCUGGCAAAAGGAAACUUUAGGUAUUUUUUUCCCCAUUAAUUCAACUGGAAGAAAGCAGAUCUUAGGUUUACAGAGGUCCUGCUGUUUCAGAAAGCACUGCUAGCAAGUGGCAGCAUAUGAGCUACCUGGCAAUCUGCUUUUAUGUUACUUUCUUUUGAAAAAUGUGGAUGCCCUACUUCCUGCAGUAUGAUAGCAGUCCUGUUAGAACUAGCUCUGAGGGUUUGACUGUAAUAUUUCCCUGAUUCCUGAGCUUUGUAGCUAUGUAUUCUCGAGGCCCUCCUGCCUUAGAAUCCUAAGUGCUGCCUUUCUUCAUGCUGAUAAUAUUGUAACUACUUGUGUCAGGGAUGAAGCUUCACUUGACACUCAGGAAACAAAGAUAAAAUUCAGCAGCUGCAGAUUCAAACUGAUGUAAAAAACCCCAUUGCUUAACUCAUUAUGUCCAUUCUUUAGCAAAGGGAGGGUAAGCAUUGUGGGGAGACACUGACAGUUCUUUAAAAUAAACUUAGAGUUUGUGUCAGCCUGCAUAUGUCAGAGUCUUUUUAGAAGUAGUUGCAUUUGUAGAGGUAUUUUGCCUUUUUAAUAUACUUUUUCAUUAAAAAAAAAAAAGUGAAUUGGGCCCCAGAUUCCUUUAACACUUCAGAUGUGGACUUCACAAAUGUGAAUAGUCCAAUACAAAGAAACAGAAAGUUCUAAGCUACUUAAAGGAAAACAUGUAAGCACAUGUGUUACUAAGCCUGUGCUUAAGAGUUUAUUGGGUUGGGGCCAUCAGAGAAAACAUCUCUACUGCUAAUAAAAAUAUAUAUAGGUGGUGAAGUUACUUGAAUACAUAUAGGUGGUGAAGUUGUCUGUCACACAUGGUGGAGUUUACUGAAGGAGAGUGGGAAAGAACAUAACUGGAAAACUCAUCAUCUGUUUGAACACAUCAUCAUCUUGCUGGUGUCCCGUAGCUAACAUUCUGAGAUCUUCAUGUUUGUUAAACAACUUAAAGCUGCUUAAAAUAAAUACUAAUGACUACUUUUGCAUCUGUAUUCUAUUUUUGGAAGUUGGUGAGUAACUUGAAAAUUUCCAUUUUUUGUGGGUAAACUUCAUAAAACAUAGUUGUAUGUGGCAGGUGGCAGAAAAACUAAUUUGUUUUGAGCACAGCUUUCCUGUGUGUCCCUCUGCUAAUUUUUUUUACGCUUCUCUAAGUUCAAUUUAUGUAAUCUUUUAAAAAUAGCUUUCAAAAAUCAAUUUUAAAUACCUUCGGAUUAAUAUUAAGUUGGUAGCUAGGGGAAGAUAAUUUCUAUUUGCAGAUGGUUUUUAUUUAUGGUUCUGGUAGAAAAAUCUUACUGUAAGUCUAGGAAAUGAAGUGCUCUGUAGGACUGUAAAGUCAGCUAUAUUUAGGGGGGCUUUAAUUACCUCAGUGGGACCCACCUAAAUUUUAUGUCAGUGUUGGAGCAGGUGAAGGGAAGAGUGAAUUUUGUUUUCAUGUUAAAUAUUUUUCCCUAUAUAUUGUUAUUUUUGUAGAUCUUUCUAAAAUAAAUUAUUAUAUGCUGGAGAUUGCAGUUCCACUAUAAUAUUCCACAAUUCCAGUGUACAAUAUCAGAUUGUUUGUAUUGAAAAGAAUGUAUUUGAUAAGUUAACAGGAAAAGUUAUUUUCAAACUGUGCUGUGUUUGUGUCUAGCUAUUGGAAAUACUUUUCCUAUAGAAAAUCAAAAUUAUAUGUAUAUGUCCUCAUAUAUACAUUUGGAUUAACUGUCUAAUGAUUACCCUAGGACUGCUAUAAGCUUAUCUAAAUAAUUUAAGAAUUGUCUCUUUUUAAAUAUUUUAAAGCAUUUUUCUUGUCUUCUUUUUUUUUUUUUUUGGCAGAAAGUAAUUUUCCCUUGCUAUGGCUACAGUAUGCUCAGACUUGCAUAUGUGCUCUGUUUGGGUUUCAAGCUGAAAAAAAUGUAUAAAAUGUGUAUAAAGAAAAGUGUAAAUAAAAUAUUUUUAAUCUUUAAA